CAUUUACAAAACUGAAUCAGGUUAUGUAAACCAAGGUCAGGCAGAUUUGCGAGGAUUUGCAUAUGAAAAUAUUAUAAAAUGUAACCCUUUACUCAGUAAAAGGAUUUGUUAGUAGAAUGGCAAGCACCAGUCGUUAUUUAUCAAUAGCCCCUCAAUUUUUAAGAUGUGCAACAAGAAGAAAAUUUCCAUUUGUUAGAGCAUUCGCCUCAUCUGCUAAUAGAUGGUCAUCGACAUCCAUAGAACCAAAAAUUAUACCAGUAAAAGAAGACAAAAAGAACUUUACACCAGAUGUCAAUAUUUCAGGCAAAACUAUUAUCAGUAAAAUAUUCAGUCCAGACAAACAUUCAGAUUCCAAAGAUAAUGAACAGAAGGAAGAAUCCCAAAAUAUAAAACCAGAUCUAUUGAAUAUGGUAAAUGAAAACCAAUCAAAAGGAAGUAAAAUACAUGACAUCAAAAGUAAGGUCAACACUAAACCAUGUCAAGAAAAUGGAGACAGUGUGUUAAGAAAUGUAAAAUCUGCUGUUGAACAUGUUUUGAAACAGAUUAAAUCUGAAACAGAAAUAGAAAAAACUAUACAGCUAUCUAUAGAUGGGAUAGAAACACAUUCAAAAUACUCUAAAGAUGUUCAUCGUAUUUUGACAACUGGUUUACAAAGAAUAAGCAUACUUAGCACAAAUAAUGAAUCGUCAGUUGUAAAUGAUGGAAACUUUAAACAGCUGAUAGAAUACGUAGAAACAAAUUACAAGAAGUUAUCACUGAAAGAAUUAUUGGAUUGUUCCUGUUCACUUAUAUCCCUAUUCCCAGAAGAUGUUGCUGUUGUAGAGCUUGUUGAAAAUGAGUUAAUGUGGAAAAUCAGGGAAGCUGACUUGGAUUUAGUUAUUGAGCUGCAUAAAUGUCAUGAGGCACCCAAAACUCCGUUAAGAAAAACAGUACGUGUUCAUUGUGAAGGCCUAAUCAAAAGACGUAUGACAGAAACCAAACCAGUACAUCUUUUGUAUCUAAUGAAACAUUAUAGCACAAGAAAAGAUACUAAGUUUUUCUAUAAGCUAGAAGACCGAGUCUUUGAUUUGAUAGACCAUAUGUCAGUAAAUAAUUACUGUAAUAUCAUAAAUUAUUCCGCAGUCCGUGGUUCUAGAAAUGAAUCAUUGUUACGUUUGGUUUUGUUUUAUUUAAACAAAACAUACAAGAAAAGACAUUUACAGCAAAUUAGCAGUCUUUUAUUUUCAUGUGGAAAGCUAGCCAUAUACGACAUUGAAUUGUUUAAUAAAUUAUCAGUGGACCUAAUGAAAUCUGAUUUAAAUAGCAGCAAGUUUACACUAAACAUUCUAAAAUCUGCAAGUAUAUUAGGAUGGCGUCAUGAAGAGACAUUGUCAUGUCUGUUAAACCAGCUUGUUAAUGAAAAACAGGAACUUGAUCUAGUUGAUGUAGAAAAUCUUCUCUUCUCAGCCUCUUCUUUAAAUUAUUGUCCAGAAGACAAGGCUGAGCUGUUGCAGUCCCAUUGCCUUAAGUUGAUAGAUACAUGUACGAAAGAAACAUCUCGAUUACCAUGGUUGAAUAUAGUUUGGUCACUAGCAGUUUUAAAGAAAGCCACACCAGAGUUAAUAGCAACUGUGUUGGAACCUGAAUUCAUAAAGCAUCUUGAGCAGGGAGGUGCAGAAAAAUGGCAGUAUCAAUCUAAACUAUUAGGCCUUAACAGUGCUGCACACUUUGAUGUUCCAGAUUAUAGUGGGGCUUAUUUACCACAGGACUUUUUAUCAAAGUGUGAACAAGGAAAGAACAAUGCAGGAAAGAAAAAAAUGUGUGAUGACAUUUCAUCUGCAUUGCAAACAUUUGCACCCGAAGACCAGUUCUGUAGAAGAAAUAUGAUGACAGCAAAUGGCAACAAAAUUGAUGUAGAGCUGUGUGUAGACAACUCUGGACUCCCUGUAGAAUAUGUAAAUGCACAGGAAUCAUCAUCAGAGUUUCAUAGAGUGGCUGUCAAAGUUUUAGGAUUCCAUGAUCUAACUAUUCCUGGAAAACUACUCAAAGGUCCUGUAGAUAUGGAAAUCAGACAUCUUGGUUGUCAAGGUUACAAGGUUCUCACAAUAACACACAAUGAAUGGAUGAAUAUCAAGACUACAGAAAAGGCAGAAUAUCUUAAACACAAACUGAAGGAAUUGAUCUUGUGACAAACAUUAUGUUUUUAGAUUUAUUAAAUUGAUUUUUAUGGAGAA